UCUAGAAGGUGCACCACAUUGGUUUGGUGCCGAAGUAAAUAUGAAGUCGAAGGUUGUCUCAUUUAUGGACUCCCUACACACCGCAAUGAAUGAGAAGUAUCGUGUGGAGGCUACGAAAGAAAUGUUGUCGACGUUGGACCUUUUGUUUGAGGAGAAUAGGUCGAAGAAUGUGACUUUCGUGGAUUUCAGAAUUGACAGGAAAGAUCGCGGGCUUCCUCAACAAGACAAUGACCGAGAUUGCGGAGUAUACGUCAUGAAGUACAUGGACGCUGUGGCCAAUGAGGAAGAAGUAGUUGAUGAGUUUCACCCGGUUGAGGCACGUUUGGAAAUCGCUGCGAGGAUCAUAACUGAUGAACAAAAUGAAAUUCGUACCAAAGUGGUUGAAGAUCGUAGGGCUGCACAAGGCAGCUCAUUUGCAUCGUCCUCGGCCCCUUUGCGUAGUCCGUCAAAGUCUCCACGCGAUCCUCGGUUCGGUACGGCGAAGUCUCGCAAUGCAAACAUGUUUCCCCCGUCAAGAGCCUCCCCUAGGCUUCAGUCUACCAAGACUAAGAUUUCAUAUGGUGAAUAGUGUGUGAAAAACACUUGUGUUAUUAAUAGGUUGUGUUAUUAAUAGGUCGUGUUAUUAGUGUGUUGUGUAGUUUGGAUUUGGGAGCAUAGGUUGUGUUAUUUGUGUGUUGUUUAGUUUGGAUUUCGGAGCAUUUGGAUUUAGACAUCUGUUUUUAUUAGUUCACGUUUGGAACUGGUUAUUAUGUUGACAGACUUGUGUUUAUUUUAGUUUUGACAAUAUAUUAAACCAUACUUAGCAAAUCUUUGUACUCAUACCAUAACAACUCUUACAAUGUACCCAUACUUCAA